UUAGAGCGCAAAAAGAUUGAAAUUGGUUUAAAGAAUAUGAGUGAAGCAAUGACGUAUCAAAAAUACUUUUUAUUGUUAAGCAAUUCAAGAUUUUUACCAUAUGGAAUGGAUUACUCAUUAUUAGAUACAAAUACAAAAUUGACUGAAGUAGCAAUAAAUACUUUGAAUAAUAGGGACACUUUUAGGUAA